UCAGGUCCAGACUUGAUCCAACACUCUCCACCAUGGUCUCUGGGAGUCUCAGGUCCAGGCUUGAUACAACACUCUCCACCAUGGUCUCUGGGAGUCUCAGGUCCAGGCUUGGUCCAACUCUCUCCACCAUGGUCUCUGGUGUCCUCAGGUCCAGACUUGAUCCAACUCUCUCCACCAUGGUCUCUGGGAGUCUCAGGUCCAGACUUGAAACAACUCUCUCCACCAUGGUCUCUGGUGUCCUCAGGUCCAGGCUUGGUCCAACUCUCUCCACCAUGGUCUCUGGUGUCCUCAGGUCCAGGCUUGGUCCAACUCUCUCCACCAUGGUCUCUGGUGUCCUCAGGUCCAGGCUCGAUACAACUCUCUCCACCAUGGUCUCUGGGAGUCUCAGGUCCAGGCUCGAUACAACUCUCUCCACCAUGGUCUCUGGUGUCCUCAGGUCCAGGCUUGGUCCAACUCUCUCCACCAUGGUCUCUGGUGUCCUCAGGUCCAGGCUUGGUCCAACUCUCUCCACCAUGGUCUCUGGUGUCCUCAGGUCCAGGCUUGGUCCAACUCUCUCCACCAUGGUCUCUGGUGUCCUCAUGUCCAGACUUGGUCCAACUCUCUCCACCAUGGUCUCUGGUGUCCUCAGGUCCAGACUUGGUCCAACUCUCUCCACCAUGGUCUCUGGUGUCCUCAGGUCCAGACUUGAUACAACUCUCUCCACCAUGGUCUCUGGUGUCCUCAGGUCCAGACUUGAUACAACUCUCUCCACCAUGGUCUCUGGUGUCCUCAGGUCCAGGCUUGGUCCAACUCUCUCCACCAUGGUCUCUGGUGUCCUCAUGUCCAGACUUGGUCCAACUCUCUACACCAUGGUCUCUGGUGUCCUCAGGUCCAGGUUUGGUCCAACUCUCUCCACCAUGGUCUCUGGUGUCCUCAGGUCCAGGCUUGGUCCAACUCUCUCCACCAUGGUCUCUGGUGUUGGUAAAGCAGAAGGAUAG